GCAGGAGCACUUCAGCUCAUUUACCUGAGGAAGGUUAAACCUUUCUUCCUUUUUUCUGUAAAUGAUGCACAUAUCAGCUCAUCAGCUCCUGUUGACCUUGAACACGUGAUCAUGUGGAUGUUAAAGGGGUUCGAGUUGAACGUUAAGCCUCCAUUCAGCAGCGAGCAGCUCAUCAGGGCAUCACCUCAGCACUGCUGUCACCAUGGUAACCAUGUCAGUCCUGUUUCUCCUGCUCUCAGCUUUUACUCCUCCAGUCCAGAGUCAACUCACUUCUCUCCAUAUCAUUCCGGGUGACAUGAAUCAGACUGAGGCUCAGAAAGCUUGCAGAGAAAAUUACACCGACCUCGUCACUGUGUACUCUGAUGAAGACAACAUUAAACUGGCUGAACUGAUGAUAAAGGCUGGUAACAUUUCUGGCUGGAUCGGACUCUAUCGCAGUGAUUUUAGUGAGAAAUGGUCUAAUGGUGAUCCUGUAACAAAAAGAAAUCUGGCAGUGGAUUGUGGGACAUCGAGCUACUGUGCUACUAUGAAGGCUGAGGGUUCAUGGGAAAGUCUUCAGUGCACAGUGACUAAACAUUUCAUGUGCUAUGAACAAGAAGCUUCCUCACAGACUCAUAAUUAUCAUCUAAUCCUUGAGAGUAAGACCUGGUAUGAAGCUCAGCGUUACUGUAGACAGAGAUACACUGACCUGGUCAGCAUCAGAGAUCAGCAGCACAAUGAAGAGGUGAGGAUUAAAGGGAUAAACAGCAGCACACCCUUCUGGAUCGGCCUGCUGUGUGAUGACUGGCAG